CAGACGACGAGCCGAGGGAGUGGGAAGCGGGGAGGGCAGUGAGGAAAAAACUGCACACGCAGCCACGGAGCUGGUGGGAGCAGGAACGGCGAGGAGCUCCGGAGCGAGGUUGGGAGUGGAAAUUUACAGCUGCUUGCGAGCGCCUGUGCGUGUUCCAGCCAUCCUUUCUGCUGAGGCUUUCCCAGGGGCUGACGGUCGCCCCGGCAGAAGAAGAGCGGGAGGCCGAGUCGGCGGGAUCCCUUGUCUCUUGCCACGUGUCGAUAACCCGCCCGGGGAGAAGGGGGAAUAACGCGGAAUCAAAUGGAAGCUCAGUGACGGCGGCUGCGGGGAGGCGGCAGACCUGUCUUCAGCACCUGGCCAUGGGGCUGCGCGGGGCUGCCUAGGACCCCCCACCUUUCCCCACACAGCAAUCUUCUUCUAUCCUGAAGGAAGAAAUCCAGGUGAAGAAAAACCAUGCCUUUGUUUAGUAAAUCGCACAAAAACCCUGCUGAGAUUGUGAAAGUUCUGAAAGAAAACAUGGCCAUAUUGGAAAAACAAGAAAAAAAGACAGACAAGGCAUCGGAGGAAGUUUCAAAAUCUCUGCAAGCCAUGAAGGAAAUUCUGUGUGGGACCACAGACAAGGAGCCACCUACAGAAAUCGUGGCUCAGCUGGCACAAGAGCUUUAUAACAGUGGCCUUCUAGUGACGCUUAUUGCCAACCUGCAGCUGAUAGAUUUUGAGGGGAAAAAGGACGUUUCCCAGAUAUUUAACAACAUCUUGAGAAGACAAAUUGGCACACGCAGCCCUACUGUGGAAUACAUUAGUGCCCAUCCACAUAUCCUAUUUAUGCUUCUAAAAGGAUAUGAAUCCCCAAAUAUUGCCUUACGUUGUGGAAUUAUGCUGAGAGAGUGUAUCCGGCAUGAACCCUUGGCCAAAAUCAUACUUUUUUCAGAACAGUUCAGAGACUUUUUUAAAUAUGUGGAAAUGUCAACAUUUGAUAUCGCUUCUGAUGCCUUUGCUACAUUCAAGGACCUGUUAACACGACACAAAUUGUUGGUAGCAGAAUUUCUGGAACAAAAUUAUGAUGUGAUCUUUGAGGAUUAUGAAAAACUCCUUCACUCUGAGAAUUACGUUACAAAGAGACAAUCUUUGAAGCUGCUGGGUGAAUUGAUUCUGGACCGACACAACUUCGCCAUCAUGACAAAAUACAUCAGCAAACCAGAAAAUCUGAAGCUGAUGAUGAACUUGCUGCGAGAUAAAAGCCCCAACAUUCAGUUUGAAGCAUUCCAUGUGUUCAAGGUUUUUGUGGCCAGUCCAAACAAAACACAGCCUAUUGUGGAGAUCCUGUUGAAAAACCAACCCAAGCUAAUUGAGUUUCUGAGCAAUUUCCAGAAAGAGAGGACGGAUGACGAGCAAUUCACCGAUGAGAAGAACUACCUGAUUAAGCAAAUCCGAGACUUGAAAAAGCCGACGGCAUGAAGAACUCCUCUCGUUUUCCACUGUAGGCAUUAAUCUCAUUUGUUAAGUUCCUCUGUGUCCCUUAAACACCACGAUAGUGCUUGAGAAGGCACAGCAAGUGCCUGGUUUUUAUUUUGUCUUUGUUCCUAGAUGUCAAGAGUAUAGGGGUUUUACAUGAAAACUAAAAUAAAAACCAAACAAAAAUCUAGAAUAAUAUAUUCUUUUUAAUCAAGACUAUAAUUAUUUAUGUCAGUUUAGAAUCUCGCUGUAAUAGAAGCUGUUUGAUGGAUUUUCAUUUGUGCUCAAGAAGAAUGAACCUCUUUGCUUAACCUUAUCGGCAAACUCAAGCUGAUGGUGAGUGCACAGAGUAGGUCUUCUGAGGACUGUAAUGUUGUUCCUUUGCACUUGUAGUUGUGACUUUGUUCUAGUGCUGCACACACACAAGACUGUGAAAGAGCACAUUCGUCUCUGGAGUUAGCUGCACUUAUAGAUUGAGUUCCUUAGUCAAAGCAGUGGGAGAUGAAAAGCAGUUAAAGGUCACGUUUUUCGCUUUAUUUUUGUGUUCUUUCAUCUUUGAGUUUUCUUUUUCCCCUGGAUCAGAGGCUUUGUAUUCAGUGCUGGGGAACGGAUGAAGACAUCAGCCAGAUGAGCUGUCUCUGCCUGCCUCCCAUUUUCCUGUAGGAGAUCUACCUUGUGCUAGAGCACAGGCCAUUCCCACCGGUUCCUGAGCAGACUGGUGAGGAGCAGCCCCAGGUACGUGGUGCCCAUGUACACCCCAACAGGAAGAAGGCAAGGGCAACCCCACCCCGUCAAGGCCCGUGCUGUAUUGCUAAUAAAGUCAAUAAAUAAUAGUUUUGGUGGGAAUAACUUGGGGUGGUGGCCAGAGCUACGUGGCUGAAUCGUGCCAAGUGCUGAGCCCUGGCACCGGUGUGAGAGGAGGGUCCUCAGCAUCUUCCCAUCCGGAUUCAAAUCCUGGUUUGCUGAAUCCCGGGGAUGCUGAAAUGGCCUCAGCCUGACCCACUGAGUGGCCCAAGGUCCCCGAAUCUGCAGGUGCUCUCAGAGCUGAGAGCAGUUAUUGGGUACCUAAAUCAAGCACGGGAGGCAGUUUAGCAGCCCCGGGCACCAAAGGCUGCUUGUCGUCUGGCAUUUUCUAGCCUCGUUCAUCCUGGUGCCAAUUCAGGUUCUGCGCUGAAGCUGUAGAAGGGGAAAUCGUUGCACUGUUAAUGUUUCAAGUUUAAUAAGCUCUGUGGUCCAAACAGUGUUUCCCAGGGGUGUUUGAAGAGUUUUUGGGGUCUUUAGUUUUCUAGCGGGAAAUGAAAAUGUUACUCUGAUGCUUUAUUUAGGAAGUGGAGUUUGAGAGCAGGGAGUGGAAAUUUCUUGAAUAUUUCUAGACAGACUAAGUUCUGGGUAUUCCUAUUUGUUGUGAGACAGUUAUCUAGCUAAAACUUUAGCUAAUGCUUCAGAUAAAGAGGUGACACUGAAUUGUAAAAACAGAACAAGACUUUUUCCUUCAUAAAACUGUUGUAUAUUGGGGUGACUGAUACUUUAAUUUAUGUGCUUUAGAAAAGGGAUGAAACAGAACAGAUUGUGGACUCAUGGUUUUUUCAGAUGUCGGAUAUACACAACAAAUGUACAUCUUAGUUGCCUGGAAUUUAAAAAAGAAAAAUAUUUACAAGCUAUUAAAAGCAUGAUUACUGAUCA